AUGUUUUAUGUUUCAGUACUACAGUAAACAUUAGUAAAUAUGUUAAAAAUAUGUGUGUUAAUUUUAGCUGUUCUGAGUUUAUUUACAAUUACAAAAGCGUCCAUAGGUGACAGAUCUCUAUUUUAUAGCCGUUGUAUUCACAAGUGUACUGACGAAAACUGUGAAAAUGGAGUGGAUUUCAAAGAAAAUCCAUCGUUGGACUUGCAAAUACUUCAAUGGACAUGCAAAGAGGAUUGCAGCUACUCUUGCAUGUGGCAGACAGUCGAUUUCUUUACUUCCAAGGGUCUUUCUGUACCUCAAUUUCAUGGAAAAUGGCCGUUUAUAAGAUUUCUCGGACUGCAAGAGCCUGCCUCGGUGCUGUUUUCAAUUUUAAAUUUGUAUGCCCAUGCCACUUGCUAUUUGAAAUAUCAAAGUGAUGUAAAGUCUACUUUUCCCAUGUUCUUUGUUUGGACAUGGUUUACAAUUAUUUGUUUACAUGGCUGGUUCUGGUCAACAAUUUUUCAUGCUAGAGAUAAAGAUUUUACAGAAGUUAUGGACUAUUCCUGUGCAUUUACUAUUGUUCUUACUUUGUUGUAUUGUUUAUUGUUAAGGUUGACCUGUAAAAACGAGACGGUGAAAAAAACCUUUCUAGUCAUAACUUGUAUUUAUUUAGCAACUCUAUAUACUCACUUGACUCAUCUAUGGUCUGGAAGCAUCAAUUAUGGCUACAACAUGACAUUUAACAUUGUAGUUGGAUUUGCGACGUUUAUCAUUACCAUUAUUUGGUGGUAUACAAGUUACAAAGAGCUACCUCACAUACACCUAGUUGGCUGGUUUACUGUUUUAACGGUAUCAGUGACGUUAUUAGAAAUUGCGGAUUUUCCACCAAUAUUCUGGAUCUUUGAUGCACAUUCGUUGUGGCACGCUUCUACCGUACCACUUGUACAGCUAUUAUACAGGUUUAUAACUUUGGAUUGCCAUUAUUUGAGGAGACAAUACUCAAAAUCAGAAUAUAACAAACUCUUAUGAUAAUGUUGUAAAUAAUAAAAAUUUUUUCUUAUUUUGUA